AUGCCUACUCAUCCUGAACUGCUUUGGGCUCAAAGGAGUAGCUCCGAGGAUCCCACAAAGGUAUGCUCAGUUUCUGUUGACGCGUCUCAGCCACUCGAGGCUGACCAUCGUUGUAGUGCCAGUAAAGGGCUGGAGGAGAAAGAUUAUGAGUUUGCCAUCGAUUUCUACGAGGAGGUCAUUCCAGAAGAGUCUUCUAAGCGUGUCAACUCUCGAGCUAUCGACAUGGUUCUUCGCAAGAAGGAGCUCAAGACCGAAUAUUGGCCGCGACUCUACAAGGGUGCAAAGUUACAAUUUGUGAAGACCAACUUUAGCAAAUGGGUUGAUGAAGACGAGCAAGACGAUGCUAAACCAGUAGUUGAUGACGAGGACGACUUCAAUCCAAUGGGUGGCAUGGGUGGCAUGGGUGGCAUGGGUGGCAUGGGCGGAAUGGGAGGUAUGGGAGGUAUGGGAGGUAUGGGCGGUAUGGGUGGACUAGGUGGUAUGGGCGGUAUGGGUGGAAUGGGAGGUAUGGGUGGUAUGGGAGGCGAUUUUGGCAAUGUUGACUUUGAGAAGAUGCUUGCAGAGAUAAAUAAGAACAAAAAGGAGGGUGGAGGAGAUGAUGCUGAAGACUCUGAUGACGAUGGCCCACCACCGCUGGAGGGUGAUGAUGCCCCUUCUACAAGCAAUGAUUGUUACGGUAACGUCUGUUUGAUUAUUGUUCCGCCUCCAAAAUCGCCACCGGCUCCCGGCUGCUUGCUGCUGAUCUUGUUCUUGGGGUUCUGCCUCUUCCGGUGGAGCUAUUACAACUGGAGGUGGUUGUGCAGGAGGAACUCUGCCACUAUACCACCUACAAGUCGGCUUGUGGCGGUCGCAUCCAUGGGUACGGAUGGGUUCAUAAGGAGCAAGGCAAAGCCAACAGCUGUUUGGCUAA